UAAAUAGUCAAAUCUCCAAUCUCAACCCCCCUUCUGCUUCCUGAUCUACAUCUCCCCGGGCACUUAUGCACGCAGAGUUACAUGAGACCCGUUUUCACAGAAGGGGGCAAAUCGAAUCUAUGUAGCUGUCUCACCGCGCUGUCUCGGACUUCGAACAACUGGCUUUUCCAUCCGAAAAUGUUCUUUUUCCACCAUUAACCAUUAACCAUUAACCAUUCAUUCAUUCUCCUUCAUCCACCAGGCAGGGCGCAGGCGCAGGCGCGGCAUGCACAAAGGCAAACCUCAUAACUACAUGUCCGUCCCCGCUCUGCUUGCAUCGAGGAAACACUGGCCCGUAGAGAGUCGCAAAUCCGUAUCCUGGGAUGGGAUGGGGGAUUGGGGGAUCGAGAGUGCGCUCUUUUGUUCUCUAUUGGAUGCUUGAGUCAGAGAUCAGACAAGCAUUUUGUUUUAUUGUUUUGCCCCCCUUGUUCCUCCUGCACGAUCUGGUUGGCGAUGUUUCUUUAUAUUGCUAAGUUUUAUAUUUUUUUAUGUCUUUUUUUCUUCUCUUUCUAUAUGUUUUAUUUUUCCCUUUGUUUUCUUGCCAGUCAGGCGGCUUCAAGGAUCUCGACAGAUCUUCUCUAUCGCGGUUUUUCAUUUGACCGCUUCAUCAACAUUAAGCAUGUUCGAUAUAUUCUGUGUUGUUCUUUUUAUUCUUCCUUUCCGCUUAUUUACCUACUGAAGUACGCAUUUGCAUAAGCAGUUCUGCUGCACAGAUUUUUAUUUUUAUUUUUAUUUUUAUUUAUUUAUUUUUCAUUUCAUUUCAUUCUCCCCCCUCUAAUAUGAGAAUAAUGGAAGUUUCCUUUCUGAUACAUUCUUGUUCAAUAGAGACAUUCUUUUUCACUUUUCUAUCUGAAACUCCCCUGAGGAGAACUCUCCUUUUCCCCUCUUUAUCUCUCUACUUUAAACUAAAUACUUGAACUAAUUAAUACGUUGUCCUCGCCCAUCCCCAAGCUGUGAAUAUCAAAAUGGCGCCCUGGACCCUCAACCCAUGAUGAAUGAAUGCCUACAAUUAUGGUUUCCCUGAGAGCUUUCUCUUGUUUCCUUCUGCUGGAUGUGCCGUGUCUGCACUGUACAUUAUAAUUUUCUCUGCUCAUCGUCGUCUCCUUACAGUCGAAGCUCCUUUUCUCUUUCUCUUUCUCUUUUUCUGCUUCCAUUCCGGGGGGAAGCGACAGCCCGCGCGGAGACCCGAGCAACUGCAAAAGAAAAAAAAAAAAAAAAGAAGAAGAAGAAGAAGAAGAAAAGAGAAGAAAAGAGAAACAUCGCGAUAAAUCUCUCCUCGACUCUUUUUUUUUGUUCCCUUUCUGUACUUCAUACAUACUUACAUACAUACAUAUAUACAUACGUUUCUAGUCCCAUAUAGAGGUGUAUACAUAUAUAUACACAAUCCCUGCUUUCGGCCAGUUCCCAUGCGCCUUCGCUGUAUCACGAUAGUCCUAUCGGCCCGUGCUUCACUGUCGCCCGUCUCAGCUGUUUUUUCUUCCUCGAGCGGAUAUUUUCUGUGUCUUCUCCUUCUCCUGCUCUCUUCUCGUGGGUGAAUGCCAUAUCCCCCUGGCUAUCCGGGUAUCUCGUAUCAGAAGUAAUUCCUACCAACUCUCAAUGUCAACGGGCCUGCAUAUCGAUCGAAUUAGCAUCCGACGUUGACGCACCAUGGUGUUUUUUGUGGAUUGGGCGCUGUGGUUGAAAAUGUGCUUCGUCCUCGGAUGUCUUAUAUUUCUUGUACUCGUAUACGGUACCGGGGUUCACAUAUAUAACUCACUGCGGUUGAAAAAACUUCGCGCGGCAGCCGCAACAGAAGCAGCAACUGUACGUACGCCUGCAAUGCUCGAGGCGGGAAGUGAUGAGAUACCCUUCGGCUCGAGGGCGAUAGAACGGGGCAUCGAGGUUGAAGGGAUUUGGAUAUCAAACCCAAACACACCAGCCGGAAGUCCCAUAUGGGGUCCAACGCCGGAUCCUAGUAGGCCAGCAAGUCUAGGAUCCAAGUCGACUCUCGCUUGCCAUCCUCCUCUUCCUUCCAGACGCGGAUCUGAUUACUUAUCCCCAAAGAACGCUACCCUUGGCCGCUCCAAACCGGCCUCUGUCAGCUCGCCCCUGCCGUAUCCUGGGGUUCACAACAAUGCCAAUGCGUCGAGUUCAGGAACGAAAGGUAGACGCGCGAAGAGUGAAUUUGUUCCGAGAAACGAGCAGGAGAGCGAGGCUGAAUCACAUACUCCACAGAGCGAUAAUGGAUACUCUGAAUUUGAAUUUGGUGAACUGGGUGGAGGAGUGGAAUCAUCCGACCAGCAGCAGGAGAGCGGGUAUAGUAGUAUAAACUCCCGCAUAGCAGAAGAUGGAAGUGCAUUUGAGCCUCAGGAGUCGAGUUUUAUUACACCUAUUGCUACAGCUUCAGAAAACAACCUACAUUUGCACGGCCGCUCUGUCGAGUCCGAGUCCGGGGCUCUCGAAUAUGUAUCUGGAAACGCGCAACUUCGAUCAGCAAGUGGACCACCUUACGAACAGGCGCACUUGAACUCGAUAGAGAACUGCCGGACUGUUGAUGACCAGCAACAUAGCGAUUUGCUACCGCUUCAUAACCGCAGACGGUUCAGCAUCGCAGAGACAGGCCAGUUUGGGAAUGGGCGAAGUGGGUGUGUCGAGGUGGAUGAUAGGGAUGAUGAAUAUGAUCAUGCGCAUGCUAUUGCAACUCAGUUCAGGGGGCUUCCUGCGGCCCAGGCUGUGUGAGAGUGGUAUGUGUAUGAGGGAGAAAGAGGGUGAAUAUAUGUAUAAAUCCAACUAGGGCGUUGGUUGGGAUUGUUAUUUUUCUCUUGACAAUUCAAUACGGUCCUUUUCAAGAAGAAGGGAGGGACGGCGUGUCGUGCCCGGAAUUGAUUGAAUUGCUUUUUGUAUAUCAGAGGAGAGAAAGUUACAUUAUAUCGUUUCUUUUUUUUUCUUUUUUCUUUUUUCUUUUCUUUCUUUUUUUUUUUUCGUUGUUGCUGCCCUUCGUCUUUGCUAUUCACUUCUUCUCUUUCCUCUGUUUAUAGAAAAUAAAUGCAUAUUGUUCAUGGG